AUGAUAGUCGGAGUCGCCUUUUGUCUGGUCUUGUCUGUUCAGGCAAAAAAAGACAUGCAGUUCUACUGCGAAGUCUGCACAGCGUUAGUAGAAGAGUCUCACUGGAAAGUUUCAAAUGUGGAUCCAAAGAAAACGAUCGACACUGGAUCUGGCCGCGUUGAUCCCAAUGGACAGAUGAAAGAGAAAAAGAAGCAAUGGCGACUUUCUGAGACUCAUCUCACAGAGGUUUUUGAGACCGUCUGUCGAAACAUUGCCGACGACUAUGUAAUUGAAAACGGUGAUAACGGAGAAAAGUACGUCAAGCGAAUGAUGACAUUUGACGGAGCCAUGAAUACUGACAUCGAUUUUCAAAAGCUGGUUGCUGACAAGGAGGAGACGCCGGAUAAAUCGCCAUCGCAUGACCCACUCAAGAUCAGAUGGACUUGCGAAAACAUUCUCGAAGAGGUCGAAGAAGAUCUCAUUGAAGCUUUCCAAACGUUCGCAAUUCCAGAAGAUGAAAUGGAAGACGACGAAAUGACCGAGUUUGUUUGUGGUGAAGUUUACGGCUGCGACGCUGUACAUGAUGAGCUUUGA